AUGAUCGAAAUCAAUGAAAGUCAAACGGCGGCGUUCUUAAAAUCCAAAGUUAUGGAUACUUUUGCCGACUAUGGGCUAUCUCUUAAGAAUAUUUUUUCCGUGACAUGCGACAAUGGGGCUAAUAUGGUGGCAACGGUUAGAAAAUUAAAUAAUGAUUCGUACGUAAUGCCUACAGAGCAGCAGGCUGAUGGUACGAACAUAGAUGAGCUGGAUGAGUCGGAUGUGAUAGAGGAUGAUCAACAGUGUGAACGAAACGUUACUCCUGAACUGGCCAAUGAACUGUCCGAAAGGAUUACUCUUGUGAGAUGUGCCGUGCAUACCUUACAGCUUGCAAUACUGGAUGUUGUUGAUAAAUCCGAUGAGUCUAUCCGAGCCAUCACUGCUGUUGCUAGAAAAUGUAAGCUGGUGAAGUACCGGUCAGAGUUUGAAAGCUACGAUGCUUCAUACCCACCCGUCUGGAGUAGGACACGAUGGGGUGGUAUAUUCAAAAUGAUGGAACCGUUCGUACAUCAAAAAAGGUUUUUUAACCAGUUGGCCGAUAAUUUUCCCGAACUUGACCUUUCCAACCAAUGGUCGUACAUUGAGCAUUACUAUGAUACGUUUAAGCCGUUGUACAUCUGCACAAAGCAAAUGCAAGAGAAGCACGUGUCGUUAUCUGACUUCUAUAUGGCAUGGCUGAUGGCAACGAGUGAGGUACAGAAAGUUCGCGAAAACUCUUUCAGUCCCCAUUUACUUCGGUCGUUGAACAAUAGAUUGAACGUUUUGCGCCAAUUGAAGGUGGUCCAGAUGGCAUUAUACCUGGAUCCAAGGUUCAACUAUCGAGGUUCUAAAAUAUUCACGGCUGAGGAAAAAGAUAAAAUUCAGCAAUACAUAGUCGAUACAUGGGAACGUAUAUGCCAACUGGGUAAAACACCGGCUAGUACAAGUAGAGAAUCGUCUACCGAUGAUUUUGAUCAGUCUCUUACGCAAAUGUUUGGUGAAUCCGUGAAUCUUGGUUGCGAGACCGGGUUUCUUCAACAAGUUAAGUCUUUGGACCUAGAACCAUGCCAAAAACAUAACUACAACGUGUGGGACCAUUGGUUGCGCCGUAAGAUUACGCACCCAGAGAUAUAUACAGUAGCAAUGGUUGUACUAUCCACACCAUCGAACCAAGUCUCUGUUGAACGGUCUUUCAGUGCCCUUGCCUUGGUUCUCUCUAAUCAACGUACUGGCCUUGGGAAAGAUACGUUGGAAAACAUUAAUUGGAUGGGCCCAAUCGACCCGAUAACCCAUCACAAGACAGAAGUGCUCGUAGUCAGUAACCGUAAAGCAGUGAAAAUGCUGGAGAUCACGAUCGGAGAAGAGAGAAUUUCAUCGCAACGCGCUUUGAAGCACCUGGGUGUGAUAGCCGACGACCACCUAAGCUUUAACGCGCACGUCGACUAUGCCUGUGAAAAGGCGGCGAACGCGGUUAAUACAGUAGCGAGGUUUAUGCCAAACGUGGACGGCCGAAGAAGUAGUGUGAGGCGCUAUUAG